CGGAUAAGUAUCUCUCUUUUUUUUUUUCUUUCUUUCUUACGAAUAAUAUACGCGAGAUAAAAACAAAAAAUAUAGUGAUAAAGGACAUAACAAAGCAAGACUAUAAUCCUAUCGACGGGAAAAAGAAGAAGGAAAGACGAAAUAAGGAAAAACACAGAUAUAUUUAUAAAUUUAUAUCGAGACUACAUCCAUAAAACAUAUAUCCAAAGAGACUGAAAAAUGACGGUAGCAACGGAUUCAGGAAAGACAGAAGGGCAAAGCACUUAUUAUAAGGCGGUUGAAAGCUUCGACGACAUUUUGCAUUAUGUUGGAGAAGCCGGUCGUUAUCAAUUGUUCCUUUUUUUUCUUCUAUUGCCAUUUACCUUCGUCUAUGCGUUCCUAUAUUUUGCACAAUUCUUCAUAACAUUGGUGCCUGCUGAACAUUGGUGCACGAUACCAGAGCUCAUGGAUUUGAAUCUUACAGAUCAUCAAAGAAUCGCUUUAGCGAUACCACCACCAACGAACGAGGAAUUAAAAUUAGAAAGUUCGACGUCCUUUUCAAGAUGUUUCAUGUACGACGUAAAUUACACUGAUAUUUUCAAUAAAGGUAUCAGAAAAUCUGAUCCAAAUUGGCCUAAAAUUCCUUGCAAUAAUGGAUGGGAAUACAAUUACACAAUGAUACCGUACGCCUCCAUUGCUGCCGAGUUGAACUGGGUUUGCGAAAAAACUUUUCUAAGUUCAGCGGCGCAAUCAGCAUUUUUCGUAGGAAGUAUCAUCGGUGGUUUUAUUUUUGGUUACAUAGCCGAUCAUUAUGGUAGAAUACCAGCAUUGGUUUCCUGCAAUGCCGUAGGAUUUUUCGCAUCCGUUGCUACAGCAUUUUGUAAUAGCUUUUGGAGCUUUUGUCUGGCCAGAUUAAUCGUCGGUUCGUCCUUUGACAAUUGUUUCAACAUUCUUUUUAUCAUCGUUAUCGAAUAUGUCGGACCAAGAUAUAGAACUUUGUUCGCAAAUAUGUCAUUUGGAAUCUAUUUCGCUGCAGCAGCUGGAUUGUUACCAUGGAUUGCUUAUUGGAUAGCAGAUUGGAGAAUUUUAAGUAUAGUUACCGCAUUUCCAAUGAUCGUUGCAUUUAUUGCACCUUGGAUCGUCCCCGAAAGUACACGAUGGUAUAUCAUGACGGGAAAACCAGAUAAAGCCUUCGAAAUGCUGAAAAAAUUCGCCAAGGUCAACAAAAAGAUAUUGCAACCACAAAUUUUGGAAACAUUCGAAAAAAGUUGUAAGAAUGCAGCUGAAAUGGAUUCUGCCCAUCGUCAACACACUGUGUUGGAUCUUUUCAAGUUACCUAGAUUAGCUUGUAUUACAAUAGUACUUAUAAUAUAUUGGCUUCUCAUUGUUUUGGUAUUUGAUGGGCAUGUAUGGAACAUGAAAUUGUUGGAUCCUGAUGUGUUCACAUCCUUUUCUCUUGCAUCAAUGACCGAACUUCCAGCUGCUAUUCUUUUAGCUCUUUUACUGGAUAGAUGGGGAAGACGAUGGAUGGGAUUCGCAUCCAUGUUUUUGUGCGGUGUUUUCUCAUUCAUCGCCAUUGCAACUCCCGAAGGAUAUUUCACUGUGGCCAUGGCUAUUUUAGCACGUUUAGGAGUAAACAUAGCCGCGAAUAUUGGUUUUCAAUAUGCCGCUGAAAUGUUACCAACGGUGGUACGGGCACAAGGUGUUUCAUUGAUCCAUAUUAUUGGUUAUUUCGCUCAUAUUAUUGGACCUUACAUCAUUUAUCUGUCCGACGUCAAUCCGGCAUUACCUUUGGUUGCUCUCGGACUUAUAUCCUUCGUAGUUGCAUUUUUAACUUUAACGCUACCGGAAACCUUGAACAUGGAAUUACCAGAAUCAUUGGAAGAGGGAAAUGAUUUUGGUAGGGGACAAAAUUUCUGGUGGAUUCCAUGCAUAAAAGCAACUCCUGUCUUGAAGAAAUCAUACAGAAAGAAAAUGGGUUUGGAAAACAGUUCAUUCGACGAUAGUAUCGUAACAAUUGACUCUACUAGAUUAUAGCGAACGAUUGAUACAAACAAACAAAAAACUAACGCGAGAGUGUACAUGGGUGAUCAUUAAAAAUAACCACACACAAAUCGUUGUAAAUAAUAGUAAAUAUAAAUGUCAUCUUAGAUUUUAAGCUAGCAAAAAAGAUUAUGAAAUGACAAUUACAUAUUUUUAACGUAUGCAUCUAGAACGAAAGAAAAAGAAACAGCAAAGAACAAGCCACAAAAAAAGUACAAAAAAAAAAUGUUUAAAAACACAAAAA